AUGCACAAAAAACAGGUAAAUGAGAAAAUUGUGUUUGUUCCUAUUAAUGCAAAACGCCUGGAGAGAUUUAGAAGUAAUAUGUUAAAAAUCCUUCCAUCCCUUUCUUAUAAGAACAAUGCAGACUAUUUAUAUAGAGAAUUAUUUACCUUUAUAAACAAUGAAUUCAAUAAAACAUUCACUUCUAAAACAUUCUCCAGAAACAGUCGCAAGGCAUUUAAUGAGUGGGCGACAGUAGGAAUUUAUAAAAGCAGACGAAGGUUAUAUGACCUUUACCAUGAAAGAUCGUAUAAUCUUUCCGAUGCUUUUAAAGAAUAUGUAAAAAAUUAUUCUAAAAUGUUUAAAAGAGUUUGCUCCACAGCCAUAUCAUUACAUAUUAGUAACAAAAUUAAGGCAGCUAAGAAUAAAAUUAAAAUGACGUGGAGUAUAAUUAACAGCGAAACCGGUAAUGAGAAACCUCGUAAUUCAAACUAUCAAUUAAAAAUUAAUAAUGAAUUGACUAAAUCAAAUCAAGAAGUUGCAGCGGUGUUUGAGAAAUAUUUCACUGAUGUUCCUAUCUUGACAACAGAGUCAUUGAAUGCUUCUCCAACUGUCGCCGAAUCAUUACUUAAACAGAAUGUUAAUACCUGUUUAAAAGAAUUUAGAUUUGAAAAAGUAUUACCGCAUAAUAUUGUAAAAUACUUCAAAACCAUUGAUGUAAAGAAAACCGCAGAUUUGUGGGGGAUUUCCGUUACAGUGAUUACGUCCAUAAUAGAUUUAAUUGCACCUCAUCUUGCUAUUAUUUUUAAUACUUGUAUCGAUUCUGGUGUGUUUCCUGAUUUAAUGAAGUAUAGUAAAGUAAUACCUUUAUUUAAAUCUGGUAGUACAUUGGACCCCGCUAAUUAUAGACCUAUUUCUGUACUACCAACUCUCAGUAAAAUUUUUGAAAAAAUAAUUUUGGAUCAAUUGUUAAUUUUUUUUAAUACAAAUAAAUUACUUCAUAAAAAUCAAUUUGGUUUUACAAGGGGUCGCUCGACGUCUGACGCCGGUGUUGAGCUUAUGAAAUAUAUUUUUAAUGCCUGGGAGAAUUCACAAGAUGCCUUAGGUAUUUUCUGUGACCUUUCCAAGGCUUUCGAUUGUGUUCAUCAUGAUACAUUAAUCAGGAAACUACAACAUUACGGUGUAAAAAAUUUGGCGCUUAAACUUAUUACUUCAUAUUUAAGUAACAGAACUCAAAAAGUCGUCAUUAAUGGUAAAUGUUCCUCCGGAUCGGUAGUAUCAAUGGGCGUUCCUCAGGGCUCGAUUCUUGGCCCAUUCCUGUUCUUAAUCUAUAUUAAUGACUUACCUUAUCUUGUAGGGGACAAUCACGAUAUAGUAUUAUUUGCUGACGAUACCUCUUUAAUUUUCAAACUGAAACGGCAGUCAAUUAAAUAUGACGAUGUAAAUAAUGCUCUAUCGAAACUAGUACAUUGGUUUAACGCCAACAAUUUGCUCUUAAACGGCAAUAAGACAAAAUGUAUUAAAUUUACAAUACCUAAUGUAAAACAUUCGAAAACCAAUGUGCUCUUAAAUGGGGAGGAGUUGAGUCUUGUGGAUACCACUGUUUUUCUCGGUAUUACUAUUGACGCGAAACUUCAAUGGGGCCCCCAUAUAUCUAAAUUAGCAAGCAGACUUAGUUCUGCAGCAUAUGCUGUAAGAAAGAUUAGAAGUCUCACAGAUGUUGAGACAGCUAGGUUAGUGUAUUUUAGUUACUUUCAUAGCGUAAUGUCUUAUGGAAUUUUGCUAUGGGGUAAUGCGACUGAUAUUGAAGCUAUAUUUGUUUUGCAAAAGAGAGCCGUACGGGCGAUUUAUAAUCUAAAUUGUAAAGAGUCCCUUAGAGAAAAAUUUAAAGAAAUAAACAUAUUAACUUUGGCAUCGCAAUAUAUUUAUGAAAAUGUAAUGUAUGUACAUAAAAACAUAAAUAGCUUUAAUAAGAAUAAGGAUGUUCAUACCUUAAACACUAGGAACAAACAUAAGCUUGUAAUGCCACUUACAAGACUCCACAGAAUUAGUAAUUCAUUUAUGGGGCAAUGUAUACGCUUUUACAACAGAAUCCCAGAACAUGUUCAAAGUUUGUCAAUAAACAAGUUUAAAAGUUUUAUUAAAGAAAAACUGUACAAAAAGGGUUAUUAUAAUAUCAAGGAAUACAUGAGUGAAAAUAACCCCUGGGAAUAA